AUGUCGAACGCUGCUGUAAACCCCCGCGCUUUCCCGCUUUCUGAUGCUGCAUUGACGAACCAGAUUCUUGAUCUGAUCCAGCAGGCGUCGCACUACAAGCAGCUCAAGAAGGGUGCGAACGAAGCGACCAAGACGCUCAACCGCGGCAUUUGCGAGUUUAUUGUCAUGGCCGCAGACGUGGAGCCCAUAGAGAUUGUGCUCCAUUUGCCGCUCUUGUGCGAGGACAAGAACGUUCCCUACGUCUUUGUUCCGUCCAAGAUUGCGCUUGGCCGUGCAUGCGGCGUUUCUCGCGCGGUUGUUGCGUGCAGUGUCACCACGAACGAGGCGCGCGAACUGCAGAGCCAGAUCCAUACAAUCAAGCUUGCCAUCGAGCGCUUGUUGAUCUAG